AUCCGAAGGUCCAUGUGCCCGUUGGCUACGUGACUUGAAUUCGACAUAUUUGACCCGAUAGACAGAUUCGGUCCAUGCCUAUCCAGCUUACACCAGCACAACCUAUCCGAUUACCAGCCUGAGAAAGCGCGCAUACACGCUCACCUCUUCACCGCAGUCACUUUUGAAAGCGCAUUUGUUCCAUUCAAAGUUAACGCUCCUUUGAACGCGCGCAUGUUAAGGCUCUAGCGCAAGAGCUACAAAGGCAUUGCGAAAUAGCUGGCAUGUACAGUACGUUGAUGUACACGCCUCAACUUAAACUCCCGCUCAUCUUCCCUCCUAAGCUUUUGGAGAGCGUAAUACUGGUCCAAGCGAUAGCAGUGGAAGAAAACGUGAAAGAGAAGACUAUCAGUCAGACACGCCAGAAAGACACUCACACGCCGACCAACAAAAACAGCGCAUGAUCGAGCCGCAUCCUAUGGCGACUUCUGCACCACCGGACAUGAACUCUGCAGCUAUUUCCUUCGAAUCGAAAAUCGCCCUCGCAUUGGGAGGUUCGAGUUGGCAGCAACUGCAGGGUGACAGUGCAGUGGAGUCCACCAUUGCGGCCGAAGAUGGCAUUGACUCCGAUUCAGACGGUGGAGAUGCCGUUCUGGAAAUACCUGAAGAAGAAGUGAUUGAUCCAGUCGUAGCCGAAAAGCGCAGGAGAAAAUUGGAGCGCUUCAAUAACACUAUUGCAAGAGAUGCAGGACAUAUCGUAGAGACAAUCCACAAGAACGCACUCACUCCAGUGCCAGAGCCAAUUGUAUGGGAUGAAGAACCGGAAUUGUUGUGUUGCUACAACUGGCAGGCUGCGGAAGACGGUACCAAUACGAUAUUUGUGCCCGGCGAGCCAGCAAAAUGGCAACCGCCACCACAGCUGCCGCAUACACUCGAAAAAGAUAGUGGCUUCGAUUCCAACGACUACAAUUACGCUCGCCAACCGAAGAAUCCGUACCUGCCGAUGUUCAAUGCCCUCCGAGUCAUGUCACCAAACACCAGUUUCCACAACGUCGACGUUCUCGCAGAUCGCAAUAAUCUUCGUGUGUUGUUGGAAUUUGCUCAGGGCAAGAACAACGGACCUCUUCGUCUAAAUCUGUAUCUAGUCUUCGACACACUCGUCAUCGUGCGCAGGGAGUCACGGUGGUGGAAACGUUCAGAUGGGCGGAGUUACGGGUUCAACUUCGAGCGAGCCUUCACCAAGAAAACGGAAGAUAUGGAGGACGCAACGAGUCACUAUCGAGCAAUACGAUAUGCGAUGGGCCCUCUCAACGUCGUCUGUCGCUUCGAAGCAGACGCAUACGACGACGGCAUCAUUCCUGACAAUCUCACACAAACCGAAGCAGCAGCGGUGAACGGAAGCUGUCACGUGAACCCUCCAAGGUUCAAUUACAACGCGCCAAUUCGGGUCCUGCAGAAAGGCCACAUCGUACCAACAGCCCAGAUACUGGAGCUCAAAACUCAGGUUUGGAGCCCAUUGGGAUCAGGACUGGUCGCGUGUCAAGAUCAGCUCUGGUUCGGUCGUACAUCGUUGCUUUACACUGCUCCUUACGAGAAAGGUACCGGCAUUGUAUCCAGAAUCAAGGAUGAAGUCGCAACUGCGAGGGUGAAGACAUGGGAGCAGAACCAGCAGGAACCGUUGCGGAAACUCGUUGCUCUGCUUAUCCACCUGAAAAAUGUGGUGAAGCGAGAGAAUCGGCAGAACCGAGCUUUGGUACUUGUGAGGGAAGAGAAGGGCGGACCAAUCGUAUUGCGUACGAUGGAGGAACGAAGUUGGGCUGUGGACAGAGAGACACGUGAGACGUUCUGGCCGCUACCUACGCACGGCAAUCGAGGAAGGGGUGGAGGUAGGGGCAGGGGUGCUUACAACAGUGGACCUCGUGGUCGUGGGAACUUCGCAUCAGCUCAAGGUCAAGGAGACUUUGCAGCUACGCGCGGACGCGGCCACUUCACACCCGGUCAGGGUCGAGAGUCUGACUUUGCACCUUCGCGCGGGCGUGGACAAUCCAUAUCUGGUCAGAGUCGAGGAGGGGACUUUGCGAAUCCACGUGGUCGCGGGUAUUACGCCCCACCUCAAGGUCGUGGCCAGCACCACUCUCAGCGAGGUAGCCGACAGUAGAAUUUCAGCUCCUCCAGUGCAUCGAGAGCGGAUAUAGUCGUUUGAGACGACCAAGUCCAGUACACGACCAUUGGUAGCCCAGGGACCAAAAACAAGCCAGAAAAUCAAUCAAUGUCAAGAUCUGCACUUGUGGCCUGUUGGCAUGCAGUUGCACUAGCGGGUGAACAGGUAACCUUUGUUUCGCAACAGAGGUAGCAGUUAUUGCGAUGUGGUACCUGAGAUCUCACCAAGCUAGCUAAAUAGAGUUCCGGGGCUCACGUCCGAACCGCGACAGCGUACUUGUAGUAGUUUACCGAGGUAAAGGAACAU